UGUUAUUUAUCGUAUAUUCUGGUGAAUCAUCUGCGACAUGUAUCUAUAUUUAAAAUAAUAUCAGUGUUAAUACAAAAGAUUCGGGAUAUUUAAUUUACGAAUUAAGCCAGUUUCGUUUCAGUGAAUAGUUAGUCCAUGUAAUCUUAGCGGCUCCUGUUUGUUGUCAUACGUUAUAAUUUAACGUUUCAUCAAUGAAAUUCAAUAGAAAAACAUCUGUGCGCCAAUGAUCUCAUUCUAUAAACUAGCUAAAUAACACAGUCAGUCAGGAUCGGACUGCGGGAGUAAAUAGUCGUUAUCUCCCAGUGUCACGUAUUGUGAUGAAAUCUUAUCGGUUCGGAAGCGAGAGUACAUAAUAUCUGGACCAACCGUAAACGAACGUUUCUUUAGGCUGGCUGGCCGCGCUUUUACGAGCCAUAGUUCAUGUUCCAGCGCGGAAGUCCAUUGAACUCGGUCAUGGAACGUUCUGGAAACAUAAUGUUUUAUAAACAAUUUCUUGCAAUUGUAAUUUUAUUAAAUAGUCAAUUAAUAAAUGCAGAUGAUGUCACUGUUUUGACUGUGGCAACAGAUGAUAACCAUGGAUUAGAAAGGUUUCUUAGAUCUGCUAAAGUCUAUGGCAUUGAUGUGGAGAUACUUGGCAGAGGAGAACAAUGGAAUGGUGGUGAUAUGAAUUAUGCGGGUGGUGGCCAAAAAGUGAAUUUGCUAAAAGAUAAACUAAAUGAUAUGAUGAAAUCCAAAAAUAAGGAACAAUUAGUAUUAUUUACGGACAGUUAUGAUGUCAUGUUCCUUGGAAACAUUGAAGCAAUUGUGAAUAAAUUUAAAUCAUUCCCUGAUACUAGGGUGUUAUUCUCUGCAGAACAGUUUUGUUGGCCAGAUAGCAAGUUGGCUUCUCAAUAUCCUAAAACUGAAGUUGCCAAUCCCUAUUUGAAUUCCGGUGGAUUUAUUGGGUAUCUUUCGGAGCUUUCGGAGAUAGUCAACUACAAACCGAUCAAUGAUAAAGACGAUGACCAGUUGUAUUAUACAAAAAUUUACUUAGACAAAAAUGUGAGACAAACUUUGAAAAUGUCUCUCGAUCAUAAUGCUGCUAUAUUCCAAAAUUUGAAUGGAGCUUUGUCUGAUGUUCAACUGAAAAUAAACACAACCGAGGAAUGGCCGUACAUUGAGAAUGUAGCUACCAAGGAGCGUCCUCUCAUUGUUCAUGGUAACGGACCUUCUAAACUCACGCUGAACCAACUAGGCAAUUAUUUAGCACAGUCCUGGUCAUUCAGCAAAGGUUGUGAACUGUGUUCCGAGAAAAAAAUUAAACUUAAUGAAGACGCUUUGCCUGACGUCAUGAUGGCAGUAUUUAUAGAACAGGCUACGCCAUUUUUAGAGGAGUUCCUACAACAAUUACUAGAUACUGAUUAUCCAAAAUCGAAGAUUCAUCUCUUCCUAAGGAACAAUGUAGAAUAUCAUGAAACUGAAGUUGAUGAGUUCUAUCAGACAUACUCUAAGAAAUUUGCAUCAGCUAAGCGCAUUAAACCGAACGACUUCAUCUCUGAAUCUGAAGCCAGGAACAUUGCAAAAGAUCGUUGCAUCAAUAGUGUAUGCGACUACGUGUUCUCCAUCGAUAGCGUGUCUCGCCUAGAACCAACUACUCUGCGCUAUCUGCUGUCUUCUGGGUAUGAUGUGGUGGCACCCAUGCUGGUGCGGCCUGGCCAGGCGUGGUCUAACUUCUGGGGCGCGAUCAAUUCUGCUGGAUUUUAUGCUAGAUCGUCUGAUUAUAUGGACAUCGUACAUAAAAUUAUCAGAGGUGUAUGGAAUGUACCAUUUAUCACUAAUUGUUACCUGGCGAAAGUAUCAGUGUUUAGAAAACCUGCACAGCUGCUCACCUACUCCAAAGAAGAUUUGGAUCCAGACAUGGCGUUCUGUCUCAGUCUUAGAGAACUUGGCAUACAUAUGCAUGUAAGCAACGAGUUGGACUUCGGCCAUCUUGUGAAUCCCGAAACAUAUGACAUCAGCCGCACUCACCCUGACGUUUAUCAAGUGUAUGACAAUAAGAUUGAGUGGGAAAACCGUUACCUCAACGAAAAUUACUCUCUCAAUUUUGCUCCAGACAAAAAACACUUAAUGCCCUGCCCGGAUGUAUACUGGUUCCCAAUGAUGUCACCAAGAUUUUGUACGGAGUGGAUUGAUGUAAUGGAAGCUUACGGUCAGUGGAGCGACGGGUCAAACAGCGAUAAUCGUCUUGAAGGUGGAUAUGAGGCAGUACCUACUCGUGAUAUUCACAUGAAGCAAGUGGGACUCGACAAACAAUGGCUAUACAUCCUGAAGGAGUAUGUGAGACCACUUCAGGAGAUGGUGUUCACAGGAUAUUUCCACAAUCCUCCGGUAUCCCUCAUGAACUUCGUAGUACGCUACCGCCCCGAUGAGCAGCCAUCGUUGCGACCACACCACGACUCGUCCACCUACACUAUCAACUUAGCUCUCAAUACGCCACAUUUGGACUACGAAGGAGGCGGGUGUCGGUUCAUCCGGUACAACUGUUCAGUGCGCGAUACCAAGCAAGGCUGGCUCCUCAUGCACCCUGGAAGGCUCACGCACUAUCACGAGGGACUACUGGUCACCGCAGGCACAAGAUACAUUAUGAUCUCUUUCGUCGAUCCGUAAAUGAUUUUGUAGAGAAAAUUUAGCAUUUCACGCAUUGAUUUAGUUGAAUAC